AUGCCUCGUGUUUACGUGAAAAAAUUACUUAAACACGACGAAACUACGAUUCAGAGUGCACUAAAGGAAAUAAGAGAAGGAGAGAAAAUUAAUACAAUCGCUAAAAAAUAUAAUAUUCCUCGUGGAACCUUACGAGGACGUAUAGAAAAAGAGACAUCACUAAAAAAGUAUUUUCUGAAAGCUGCUGCUAUUUUUCAUGGAUUUUCAUACACCGCAGCUCGACAACUUGCGUAUGAAUAUGCCGUCUCAUUAAAAAGUAAAGGUCAAAUCUCAUAUAUUCCUCCAAGUUGGAAGGGAACAGUAUCUGGACAAAAGGGUUCUGCGAGCAAAGAUUGGAUGCUUAGUUUUAUGCGUCGUCAUCCUGACUUAUCGUUGCGUAAACCACAAGCAACAAGUUUGGGUCGUGCUACUGCAUUUAAUGAACACAAUGUGUCUAUGUUUUUCACUAAGUUGAAAGAUGUGAUCGAGAGAUUCAACAUUAACCCGGAGAAUAUAUGGAACAUGGAUGAAACAGCAUUGACAACAGUUCAAAAACCAGUAGCCGUCAUUGCUCAGAGAGGUGUUCGAAAUAUAGGAUCCAUUACAUCAGCCGAACGUGGUGUUUUAGUUACACUAGCUCUUGCCGUAUCUGCAACAGGAGUCUACCAUUUUCUUACAAGUGCUGGAUUUGGUGCUGAUGGUGCAGCAAAUGCUUCGGGAUGGAUGCAAGCAGAGCAAUUUACGAAAUUUUUGGUACAUUUCAAAAGAUUUGCUCACCCGUCGGUCGAGGUACCAGUACUUUUAAUCUUAGAUAACCACGAAUCUCACUUGACGAUAGCUGGUUUGGACUUCUGUAAGGAAAAUGGAAUUAUCGUCUUGUCGCUACCACCGCAUACAAGUCAUAAACUGCAACCUCUUGAUAAAGGAGUUUUUGGUCCAAUAAAGCGACAUUUUAAUGCAGCUUGCGAUAAUUGGAUGCGGUUACCAAUGAAUGCGGCAAAAACGAUCACCAUGCAUGACAUACCCGGCAUUGCUCAAGAACCGAUUCAAAAAGGUGCUUCAAUUCUGAACAUACAAGCAGGCUUUAGAGUAACCGGAAUAUUUCCACUAAAUGACAGUAUUUUUACUGAAGAGGAUUUUUUGCCAUCAGAAGUCACAAAUCGCUCUCCAGAAGAUUCGCUCCCAGUCACAGACGAAGUACCAAACGUGGAACAAGAGAUGGCAAACCACGUUGAGACUGAAGACCAAGAAAACGAUGUGGUUAAUUUGGAUUCUCUUAUUGAAAACGUUCGUCCUUUCCCAAAAGCAGCACCGAGGAAAAUUAGUAAUCGUGGCCGUAAACGCCGAAAAUGCGCAAUUUUAACAGACUCCGAAGAAAUGGAGGCUUUACGCCUUGAACAAGAAACUGCUGCCCAAAAUAAAUUGCGGAAAACUAAAGCGUCAUCAGAGAGAGUAAAAAGGAAAAUUUUGCGCGAAGCGAAUAAAUCGAAGACUUCUCAAGCAUCUUCCAGCGAUACUAAACGUGGUCGUGGACGACCAAGAAAAACAGAUUGUUGA